AUGGGCUUUGGAAGAGAAAAAAAGACCAUACCUCAGAGCUAUAAGAACAUUCAAAGAAUAGAUGUUGUCGUCAUUCAGAGCCUGUGUUGUAGAGGAGAAAAUCCGAAGACUGCUUUGUGCCAACUUACUUCCAUCUCCGGAGGAUUAAGACAAUUCCAAGUUUAUGAUGAUGAGAAAUGGUUUGAUGGAGGAGCCAUACCUGAUUCCUACUACGAGAAGAAGAAAUCCACCACAUACCAUUUUUAA